CAACUAGAUACAGGGGGAACCUUCCUCUCUCGGUUCCCACCUCCCUCUUCCGAUCCGAUCUCGUCCUCUCACGUCGCUGGCGAUCGUCGGCGGCAACGGGACGCCGCCGCUCCUCUAGCCCUCCAGCCGACGAGCGACUAGGGUUUGGGGCACCCGUCCGCCGCGCCCCCCCGGGCCUCCCCAUCCAGAUCUGCAAGGCGUGAGUGAGCCCCUCCCGAUCCGCCGCUCGCCCAGACCGCGCCGCCCGUCCCGCCUGCUCGCCCAGUCGGCAGACCGCGAAGUUUUGGAAAGAUGCUGCCAAGUAAGAGGGGUGCUGAUGAUCUUACAAGAUUCUCAGCUGACAAUAAAAGAACUUGCAGUGGAGAAGAGGCAACUGAUUUUUUAGAUAUCUGGAGGGAUCUGGGUGUGGAAGUUGCAUCAAAGGUGUCUAGAAGUGUUGUCUCAAUUGGUUUGUCCGAUGGGCAAAAUGUGCUAUAUGCAUCCUCUGGUGUAGUUAUAGAAUGUCAGUCUUCCUUCACAAAGUUUGUGACUUCAGCAAGUUUGGUUAGAGCUUUACAUGAUUCUGAAACAAAUGACCAUACGGUUAAGAUUGUAGUACGGCAUGAAGAAGAUGUGGCCAUAGGGUUUCUGGAAGAAUAUGAUUUGGAUUAUGAAAUUGCUGUUGUCAAAGUCAAGGCCAUCCUUGAUGUUUAUUGCGUGCCUCUCGAUCAUCAGGUGCAAUUUGACCCCCAUGGUCGAAAGGUAGUGGCAGUAGGGCGUGACAUCUCUAACAGAUUAUUGACCACAAGUGGGACAUGUACUGAUUCACAUGGAUCUCAAUAUAGUCGGUAUCUUAUGUUCUCUACAUGUAAAUUAUCUGAGGUUAUGCAGGGCGGUGCACUUUAUGAUUUUUAUGGGAACUUUUUUGGCAUCAACCUCUUCUGGGAUAUGGAAAGACCAAUUUUCUUGCCAAGGAGUAUAAUUCUCGAACGUGUGGUGCAUUUUCGUACAUCCUUGAAAAAGAGUGUAUUUCUAAACCUGGUGAAGCCAGUCAGGGAUAAAAAAAGACAAAUAAGACGCAUAGGUGUGAAACUUCUCCCUCGUCCUGAAGGUAGCAUUAAGAUUUUUGGAGACGUAUAUCCUAAUGGUGUCUGGAGUGAACUCGAGCAUGGAGUUGUUUCUCACAUAUUAAGAAAUCUUGUUGCACUUGCUUCAUUCAAAGGUGAAUCAAAAUUAAGAACAUGCACGGGAUUUUUCAUUGACUAUGCUGAUAAAUGCCCGACUAUUCUGACAUCAGCGAGCUUGGUUAGGAAAAACGACGCCAAAAUUAUUGAGGGCUUAAGGAUUGUGGUGUUGCUUCCAAACAGGGAACGCUGUGAAGGGAAAUUGGAACAUUAUAGUUUACAUUACAAUGUUGCUCUAGUCAGCAUCAAGAAUUAUACUGUUGAUUGUCCUGUGGAUCUGAACCGUGAGCAUAUAGAUUGGUCUACCAAGUUAUUAGCCGUGGGCCGUUGCUUUGAAUCAGGUUUAGCUAUGGCUGCAAGUGGAAAAUGUACCAGGUGGUCAGGCAACCUGGAUUGCAAAGAUCUUCAGUACACUGCAUGUACAAUCACUAAGGCUGGGAUUGGAGGGCCCCUUGUUGCUGUCAACGGCAAAUUUGUGGGCAUGAACUACUAUGAUAGGAACAUGGGAACUCCGUUCCUGUGGUUUGAUCUUCUCCGUGGAAUUCUGAACUAUUUUAAGACAGGACAAACAAAUUAUAUGAAGAUACUCCAUGAUUCAUCAGUAUUAAUUUGUGAGGUGGGCUGUAUUGUUAAAGAUGGUGAGCAACAACCACCAAACAGACGAAGUGAAGACAAAAUCCUUGAGGAUCAAGAUGAAGAUGCAUCUAAAGAUGAACGUGCAGCCAUAGCCCACCCCAAUAGAUACUGGUACCGUAAUGGAAAUCUUUCCGUGUACAAGUAGUCCUACGGUCAUGGAGCUUUUACCGUAUACAAGUAGUCUUUUUUCUACUCUGCUGAACCAGAUGUAAGCUUGUUUUAGCUAGAUUCGUUGAGGAAUCUUUGUUUAAUAUUUGAACCCUUGUUAUAUGCAAGUCGAGAACUGUACUGCUGAAUCGUAUGAGGUUAUGAGCCCAAACAAUAUGCUGUGACGUUAGUCUCUGCAAGUGGAUCCGUGCGCACGUCCUGGUUUCCAAAUGUGCUGUCACAUGAUACCCCACAAUGGAUAGUUUCUUAAGUUGCUUCUUGAGCUAUUCAAGAUAAUUAAAUGUUACAUUUUUGUAUA